AAAUUGGAAAUUUAGAAUAAAAUCGAUCGUUCUGGCCAUGCCUAUUUAUUUUGUCAUAUUGGCGUUCCUGGUUGCAAUUAAAUAGAAAUUGAUCCGCGUCUAUUAAGUGGGAAAAGAACAUCUUUAGGUAGUACCGUAUUAAAAUGUAAAUUGGUUGCUGUUAGCGUUAUUGCAGCUUUGGCUUUAGUAAAAAUAGGUUACCCCAUGACCCAAUUCUAGAGGUCACAAAAGCACGGUAGUGACACGCGCUGAUCAGUCUCGAAUUUGGUUGGUUCGUUUUCCCAUGACCUUGCGAUUGCGUAGUUCUCAAACUCCGCCCUUUUCUUUUUUUAGUAACGCCUAAGCUCUCCCAUUUAUUAAUAAGACUUGACUGGUUUCUAAACAUUUUUAUUUUGCCAUCAAAAGGGAAAUUCCACAUACAUUAUUUUACAUACAUGAUAAUGUGAGUGAAGCGACUAAUGGUUGUGACCGUGAUCAAACAAAUUAAUUUUUCGCCAUAGGCCAUAGGUUUAUCUUAUGGCUUUAAACAUUGAAUGAGUACCUCUUUAUUAGGCUUCAGAUUUAGUCUAAAUUUUUAAAUUGUUUAUUCCAUGUAGUCGGGGUGAGAUUGAUUUCCCAGUUUAAUAAUUUGUCGUUAAUUUCCUCAAAUAUUUUUGUGGCAAAUAUUAAUAAAGCUCAUUUUUUCCCCCUUGUUUAGAAUCUGCACUUCACAAUGACUAAAGCAGAACUUAACCAGAACGAGCUGAAAGCUCUGAGGAGAUUGGCAGAGCCUAUCAUCCAGUCAUCUGAUUACCAGCCUUCUUCAUCCCUUUUGUCUUCCUCCCAUAUUGGGGAGGCAGUGUCAUCUAUGCCAGUGCCAGAAACACCAAGUGCUGGAGUGCUUGUCAAAGUAAGUAUUUGGCACUUCACUGUUAAAAUUCAAAGGCUUAAAAUGUCUUAAUUAAAUUGAAUAUACUAUGUUUUAAAAACUAUUUAUAAGCUUUACAAAUGUACUGUAAAUAAACAGUUAUAACAAUGACUGAUUACUUUUUAUCUUCAGAUUGCAUAUGCUGGCUCAUGCUACACUGAGGGGAAAUCAAGGAGCAGGCGCUUCACACCACAGUUCCCAGGGGAUGAAGUUGCUGGUACAAUCCAUGACAUUGGAAAUGACCUGCCCAACUGCAACUACACAGUAGGCGACAAAGUGAUCAUUGUCCCUGAACCUGACAGUGUUGGAACUGGUUACGCAGAGUACAUCCCAAUUGAAGACACCACACGUGUCAUCCAGAUCCCCAACUCAGUUCCAUUGGAGGUGGCUGCCAUGUUACCUGGUGGUGCACUUAAAGCAUAUGCAGCUGUCACCUGUGCCAGACCACAUGUGGAAAAACUUCGCAAAGUAAAAUGUAAGUUGCAAGAAAUAUUGUAAUAAUUUUAAAAAAAAUACAAUGUAGUUACAUACUUCAGUUUAGUAGGUGCAUAUUAUUAUUUAUGGAAAAGAAAUUCGGUUUAAUUCAAAUGUUUAAUGUACUCAUUUAUUUUUUCUUUACAGCUUGCGUUAAUGUUCUUGUUGUUGGAGCGGGCGGCCUGGGGCUGUGGACCAUUAAGUUGGCCAAAUACUUGAUGGGUCGUGACAACAGCAGUGUAAGGGUCUUUGUGGCCGAUAACAGCAUUGACAGACUUCUGACAGCCCAGGAUCAUGGCUGCUAUGACAUCAUCCACUGGAAUGAAGAGGACCAUGAACAGUACAUCAUUGAGCGCACACUUGACUCCUGUCGUGGUGGGGUUGAUGUCAUCAUUGACUUCAUUGGCUCUAACAGAUGCAUGCAGAGGGCUCUUAAAGUUUUGAACAGAGUAAGUGUUUUAUCAGUCACUCUUUAAACCAAAGUUUUUAGUUAUUUUUUUAAAAUUAAAACAAUUGAUAUACUCAAUUUAGAAAUUGUUGAUAAUUUGUGCUUAACUUGGUCUUGUUAACUGUAUUAAACUAAAGUAUAUGUUCAAGUGAGACAUCAAAUAUAUAAAUUUAUAAAUAUUUAAACCUUUGAGCAAGUUGUUUAUUGUCUUUCUUUUAUCUCUUUUUGUGCCAGGAGGGCCUUAUCUUGGUUGGCGGGAAUUCCACAUCUGAAACAAGCAUUUCCCUGAACGCACUUGCUGCUAAACAACAAAGCAUUGUUGGUAUCCCACAAGGCAACCUGAACCAGCUCAUUGAACUCCUAAAUGCUGUUGCAGAUAAUGAGGUAAUUAUCUUAUGGAUUUUUUUUUUUUAGCUACCAGUUAUUUAAGGAAAAUUAUUCUGUUAAAGAUAACUUUUUAAUAUUUAAAAUCUGAUUUGCCAAAUAAAUUUUAUAGUUAAUAAUCCUGUAUGAUUCUUCAUCAUUUAUCUUCAUUGCUGUAGAUUUCUAUCUUGGUUUUCUUUCCUCCUUGUCUAGCUUGAAAUCCCACAGUACAAGGUCUUCCCUGUUGAAGAUGCUAAUCAAGUAUUUGAAGACCUCUGUGAAAAUAGGUUAACUGGGAGAGCGAUUUUUAAAUUUGGGUCACAAUCCAGCACCCAUGUAGUGGACAAUCAUUGAGCAGUGACCCUCAGCAUCUUAAUUCCUCCUCAAUAGACAAUUCAUCAUCUAGUUUAAAGGACCAUCAUGCUGAUUAUACUCAUGUACGGAGAGCUGUAUCACCACCCCUGCGCAGCCUGAACAAGGCACCAUCAUUCACUUAGCUAUGAUCCACACAUUGCAUUUGUCUUGUCACAGGACAUCUUCCUUUAAACUGAUCUGGGAUGCUUGCCCCCCCUGGCCGAUGGUUUGUGUGACUACUUCAUCUCAUGUUUUCCUUGCAGGCAUUUCAUGUGAUAGAUAGUAGGUAAUGGCCAAUCCAAGAGAGCCGAUCAUGGUGCCCUAGAUUCUUGUUUGAUAUAGCAUUGUGUCAUCUGAGUCCUUUAGAGCGGUAUACAUUGUUAUGCAUCCCACGAAGACUGCAUCAAAUGGCGAUUAUAUUAAUUCACUUUUAUAUUAGAUUCGUUUUUGUGUGUUAAGCCAUAGUUGUAUACACGAGUUUAAAAAAAUAAAGUGAGAAUGUGCCUUUUGUGAAUGGUUAAUUAUUGAACAAGGAGCUGUUAUCAAAAUACUCAGAGCCAUUUAUUAAGCACACAAGUAGAGAGAAAAUUGUUGCAUUUUUUCAAUAUUUUGAAUAUGCCUAUUUAUAAUAAAGUUUUCAAUAAUUCAUAGGAACUUGAUUUUAAAAAUUCCUUUUCCUUAUUAGAAAAUUGGAAAAGGUAUAAAAAAAACCCCUAACAUUAAAAAAAAAAUUCUUUAAGGAAAAAAACAAACACUUGGCCAUGAUGGACUAAAUCCAAUUAUUGCUGUGAUGUUGUAUACUAACUUAGCUACACAAAGUUAUGAUGGGUUCAAGUUGUCUGGUGGGACUUAAAUCUGAUGCCAUCAUACUUAGAUCUGAUGCCGUCACAUGGUGUAAAUGGCAAGAAUGGAUUCUUCUGUACAUUUUUGUUUCCUUCUGCAUUGAAUCUUCUUGAACAAAUGUGUGAGGUGUGCUUAUGUAAAACAUGCUGUAUAACAAAAUAAUGAUACUGGGUCUUGCUUUUAAAUUGAUUGGAAAUUGUUUAGUAUUUGUGAUGUAAGUGCCAUGGAGUGAAUGUGAAACAGUGAUAUUUCAUACUUUUUUGUCCUUGGCAAUUUUGAUACAUAAAAUAUUUUGCAUUGUAAUGUUGGAUUUCAAAACACUGAUCAAAGUAUAAAAAAAAUACCAUGUUGAUUAAACAUAAAAAAAUUUAA